AUGUAUUUUCAUGUCCUUGUGCACAGUGCGCAGGUGAUAUUUCGCAUAUCAGUGUUCUGGGGUAUGCACAUCGUCGCACUGAACUCCGUCAAAAGUGCGGUGGAAAUGCUGGACAAGAAGAGUUCUAUAUACUCUAACCGUCAGUAUCUCCAAUACGGCGAACACUUUCGCUCAUUCCGCAAGAAUUGCCACUGCAUCUUUGGCAGUCGCACUGCCUUGGUUGCCUACCACCCUAUCGAUGAGAUGGAGACCUGCAGAUUCCUAAAGCGUGUACUCGCGAAACUCGAUCGACUGCAAGCCUUAUCUGUUGGCACACCAACGAAGACAAUCUAUGACGAUGAAGAACUACCUACUCCAACUGUUUCCAUAGCGAAUGUUGCGCGCCUUCCUGCGCUCAUGGGCUUUGGACUACCUACUGGAGCAAUGUUGCCACACAUGCGCAACAAGAGUCAAACAGCAGUUACUAUUGGGGAUGCAUUGAAUGCAACACCUGUAAAUGCUCCUACGCAGUGCCAGGAGGAGCAUCCUUCGAUGGCGACCAAGACGAAUAGCGGGGAAUCGAACAACAGUGAUCCUGACCAGCCAAAGAAGAGACAUUGGUACAACAUUCGAAGGAAUCGUAGGCACAGCGAGGGCGAUUGACUGGACAGCGGGGUGAGUGAGGCGGAG